UUAACGAUAGUAAUGUAAACGUUUCCUACAAAACUGAUGUAAUCCUUGCUUGUUCAUAUGAAUCAACAUUACCAGUAAGUCGUAUUUUCUGGAGUUUUGACAACAGUGAAACAACACAGGUAACAAAUAUGGAUAUUCCCGGGGAAAGCGGAACUGUUAUUUAUAGAAUUGACCAUGCUGGUCCUGACAAUGUAGGAGUUUAUCAGUGUAAUGUGGAGAAUAUAUUUGGAACAGAACGAGGAACUGAGGUUUCAUUUAGUAUAAUUCUUGGUAUCCCUACAGUACAAACUAAUCAAACAACAGUUACCGUUCUUGAAUCAAGUUCCUUUUCAUUGUACUGCUUUUACGACGGGUAUCCAGAAGUAACAUCAGUAGUUUGGGUAAAGAACAGCCAAAGAUUAAUCAGGGAUACUAAUAUGAGCGAUGGAAUGACAACCAUUGUAAUUUUUAACGCACAACUUGGUGAUUCUGGAAAUUAUUCCUGCAAUGUGUCUAACGCACAGGGAGCAACUGAAAGUUCAAAUAUAACUGUAGAAAUCAGCAAAGUGACACGUAAAUGUAGAUGUCCAUGUUCAAAAAUGGGGCGUUUGUCAGCUGUAGACUGGAGCAACUUUACCAAAGAAGAACUUCUACAAAUGCUACAACCGGAAAUCAAGAAAAUUGAAAAAGAACUGCGAGUGAACAAGUCAACAAUUUCGGCUGUUAAAAAUAAACUGUUAAGUAAAAUGGAAAAAAGGACAUCUGCUAUGCAAAUGGGAUAUGUGGCCAUUGUUUUCUUGAGUGUAAUCGUUGGGUUUAUAGUUAUGACAGAUUUAAUUUCUUUACGCAACUGGCUGACAAAUAACAGAAAGAUUAAUCCUUAGAAUCUUCAUGAAUGUGAUUUGGUUGUUCUUUUCGUCAUUGAUUAUAAAAGUUAAAAUUCAA